AUGAGGAGAAUAAAUAAUUUUUCUAAGGAUGAAACCCCGAAAGAAUUGGAUCUCAAACGGAAGUCCGAGAGGACGCAGGACGCCGACGCGGAUGGGACUCCCUCGCGCGCCACGGAGGAGCCUGGGACUGGACGGGGCGUGGCGUCCGUGGCGUCCGUGGCACCGUCGGCGUCGAAGGGCUGGGACGUUUCGACGAUCGCCGAGCCCUUCCGCGGCGUCAGGGGCCUGCGGCGCAGGGCGAGGGCCAAGACCUGCGCCGGCGCGGGCAUCCGACUGCUCGACCUCGCGCCUCUGCUGGAGACCCGGAUGAGGAAGCUCGGCGAGGGCGCGUUCGCGGAGGUGUUCGCCGCGCCGUGCCCGGGCGCGCCGCCGCUCUGCCUCAAGAGCUUCAAGGAGGACUCCACCGUCUCCCACUACAAGGAGGCGCAGAACCUCCACGCGCUGAGGGGCGUCCCCGGCCUGCCGAGGCUGGUGGGCCUGUGCCCGGCGCCCCCCGCCCUGCUCCUGACGCGGCACGGCGACGCCAGCCUCGCCUCGUGGCUCGACCGCCACUUCGCCCCGACGCCGUGCCUCGAGAUCCUCCUCGAGCUGGCCGGGAUCCUGGAGGGCCUCCACGGCCUGGGGUUCGUGCACAACGACCUCAAGGAGGACAACGUGAUGCUCGACCUCGGACACGGGCCAAUUCGCGUGACCUUGAUUGACCUCGGCCUCACGAGCACGUUCCGCCGCCGCCCGUACAUCCACAACCGAGGCAGGGACCGGGCGGCGCUGGAGUUCCGGAGGGCGCUGAGCCGCUUCCACCUGGCGCCCGAGCUGUACCGAGGGGGCCCGGCCCUCCCGAGCGCCGACGUCUACUCCUUCGGCGUCCUCCUGGAGGUGGCGAUGGAGGAGCUGGAGGAGGGGCGAGGCCGGUCGACGCCUGGUCCAGGAGUGCACGGCCAAGAACCCCCGCCGGCGGCCGCCGCUGUGGGACGUCAGGAGCGCCUGGCCCGCCUGCUCAGCGCCCGCCGCGGGGACUGA